AUGCAUAGCCAAAAUGUGUUGUCAGAAGGCACCAGUCUGGGAGAUGCCACGGUAGCGGCAAAACCAUUCCUAGAAUUUGUUAACACCAUAAUUGAAGUUUCAAAAGCCACAUUAGAGGCUUAUGGGAAAUCUCAGUAUAACAAGAAAACGUGUGGAGUCCUACUAACUCGUGUCGAAUUUGCACAAUGCGCAGUAAAAGCAUUGAUUCGUAAUAAAGAAGAUCACGUGGAGGAUUUUUGUUCGCAAGAUUAUUACCAAUCAUUCGCAAAAUUUACCUACGUUAUGAAAAAGAUUCGAAAAUUUGUAGAAGAUAUUUCGCAACUUUCACAAUUUAAAAGAUUCACCAGUAGUCAGUCAGUCAAGGAUAUGCUGCGUGCGAUACUAGAAGAUUUCGACACACGUUCGUCUGAAUUACGGUUAAAUAUUGUAGUUAAUACUGAAAAGGACAUGAAAGUUCUCGAUGACGAUCUCGAACAAAUGAAGGAACUUGAAAUCUCCAAUGGAGUUGAAGUCAACCGCGGAAGUGUAAUAAAGAGACGUUACAAAGGAAUAGAAGUAGCGUGUAAAAAGGUGAACAUAGUAAAAGACGAUGAAGCUCAAGCCAAAAGAUUUAAAACACGGGCAAAGAUCCUCGAAAAAUUACAUUUAUGUGAAAGCAUCGUCCGUUUUUACGGAAUUUCAAAAUCAGGCAACGAUGAUUACAUGGUAUAUGAAUGGGCUGAACGGCAAAGUUUAAAAGAAGUCUAUGAAAAUCAUAAGUUAUCUUUAUGCAAAAAGGUUAGCAUCGCAUUAGAUAUUUGUCAAGGAUUAGUUUUUUUAAAUGCCAUUGGAGUAUAUCAUCAGGACAUUCGAUGUGAGAAUAUUCUUAUGACCGCCAAAUGGAAACCAAAAAUUGCAAACUUUACAUUUGCAAAAGAAGUGAAAGAGAUAAACCGUCAGAGUUCUCUUAAUUGGAUGGCCCCUGAAAAGAUGAUGGAAUAUCCAUAUACUCCAGGGUGCGAAAUAUUCAGCUUUGGAAUGUUACUUUGGGAGCUUAAGUAUGAAAAGAUACCGUACAAAGGAAAAGAUACAAUCGAAUUGUUUGAUCAUGUGACCUCUGGUAAAAGGGAAGAACUGAAUAUUAAUUUAUCACCACGUGAGGAUGAUCAAAAGUAUGCGGAAAUAAUUCGAAAAGCGUGGGAACAUGAUCCGACCUUACGAAUAGAACUAGCGUCUUUGUUAGAUGAAAUACAAAAGCUGAACGUUUGUUGUAAAUAUGAUGAGUCCCUGAAUAUAGCACGUAUGCCACAAAGUAAUACCAUAAGGAAGCAUGGCCGGGAAUACAAUUUGGGUAGCAUAUGA